AUGGGGGAAUUUGUGAUUUUUGAUGAAUUGCGUUUGAAUAUACUUUGUAAAAAUUGGUGUUUAGUCGGUUGGAAGGUUCAGGUGUACUACUGUAGUAUGAUUCCUUUAAACAUCAGUAUCGUGGUUGAAAUGGAAGAAUCCGGGAAAGUCGAACUCUACAUCACAUAUCAGGUCUAUUGUGCCUCCUGGAAACCCUGCUACGAUAUCCGCGCAAGUUCCGCAGAAGAAGAAGAAGAUUCUCAGAAUGGCAGCUCCGUUCAACUCUGCUAUUACGGUUUGGUAGAACAGAACACAGGCGAUGACUGGAAAGAUUGUGAUAUUGUUCUCUCCACUUGCUCCGCGAGCCUCGGAGGAUCUCCACCUCCACUAUCCACCCUAUCUGCAUCUCUCCACAGCUCCAGACCCACCAGAAGACACCACGCAUCGUCGGCAGCUAGAAGAAAGGCACCUCUUUCAAUUCCUUCUGAAGAGGAUAUGGGAUUCGGGUCGUUUGAUUAUAAUGAUAUUGUCGAUGCAGCUGCUUAUCAUAGAUGGCACAAUGGUCAGCAUAGUCGAAGCAGUGAGGAAAAUAGUGUCAGCACUCAAGCAUUGGAGAAUACGGUAUCCACAUGUUUCUCGAUUCCCAGAGCGGUGACUAUUUUGAGCAAUGCAGUGGAGCACAAGUUGUUGAUUGUUAAGAGCGACCUAUCCUGUGCAUUUUCCCACGAGACAGUUCCAUCUCGUUCGACCAGUGCUUACUUAUCAGCUCUUAUCACCAACACAUCUCAACUUCCGCUUCUCCCUGGAGCAGUCGCUGUGUAUGUCAAUAACUGUUUUGUCACCAAGGUGGGGUUCAUGUCGAAAAGCACGCUGAUGACACACGAACAGCUGAUCAGUGUUCGUAGUGCAAAAGUCCGUCAAAGUGUCAAAAUAACCGUCAAGGAGCAGAUUCCAAAAAGCCAUGAUGACAAAAUCAAGGUCUCCAUCGUCUCCCCAGAAAUCAAGAGCUCCUCGUCUUAUAAAAACUCUGCGUCACCACCAGAUGCUCGUCUCAACAAAGACCAUAAUCUCGAAUGGUGCGUCGUGUUGGCACCGGGCCAACAUCGUCUUCUUCCCGUUCGAUACACCAUCGAACAUCCCGCUUCUGAAUCCCUCAGCUAUAAGUUGAACUAA